GCUAGACAAUCCCCUUUCAUUCUAUUUGAAGAGUGUGAUCUGUUUUUUCACAGGCGCACCUUGUCCCCUCCUCAAAUUUUUACCCACACUCCGCGCAGUAGCCGGCUACUAUUCGCGGUUGUAUAUUUUGUUUGUUGUAAAGGGAGAACCUACGAACGUGUAGACACUUCAACGAAGUUACUUUUCGGCACAAGACUUUCGGCGCCCACUGAAGUUGACUUGCUAAUUUUUCUUUUCAUCUUGGGACAUGACCGCAAUGGCUUCCCCGGCUUCCUCUGCUCUUCUCCCGUCCGCUCCCGUCGGCCACCAUCCGCCCCCGAUCUCCACCUCUCCGGCCAACAACUCUCCGCCACCUGCGGCCACCUCCACCUCCUCUUCCCCGACACCUCCCGCCGUGGCGCACCCGGCGCUGCUUCACCCCUUCAGACCCGAUCUCCUACUCCCACUCCCGAACGGCGGGACCACAUCGAUCAACGCCAUCAAAAAGACCAGCGUCGUCCCGACGAUCAGCGCGGGCAAACCCGCGUACGCCACCCCGUCGCCGGUGGAGAACACGCCACAGAACAACGAGUGCAAACUGGUGGAGGUGAAAGGUGCCAAGCUGGCCUCUUUCACGGUGAAAGACGCCGAGCUGAUUUGCCUGCCCCAGGCGUUCGACCUGUUCCUCAAGCACCUGGUCGGGGGGCUCCACACGGUGUACACCAAGCUCAAGCGACUGGACAUAACCCCGGUGGUGUGCAACGUGGAGCAGGUCCGUGUGCUCCGCGGGCUCGGGGCGAUCCAGCCAGGGGUGAACCGCUGUAAACUCAUCUCCAUCAAGGACUUCGAGGUACUCUACAACGACUGUACCAACGCAAGCUCGAGGCCUGGCCGACCGCCGAAGAGGCUCCAGAGUGUGACAUCUUCAGAGUGCGGCUCCCACAUGGUGUCUCACAGUGGGCUUAUGUCUGCUGGUAUGAUGCCCCCUGCAGGUCUCUCUGCUCUGGCCAAGAAGAUCAAGUUGGAGGUGAUGAGUGGUUACCAUGGCAGCCAGCGGCAUGGAGGCCCAAACGGAGAGAAUGGUGAUCACAACCCCGGUCUAGGUCUGGAUCAGCUGCCCUUCAUGAUGAUCUCACAUCCACUGAUACCCGCUAGCCUGGGGCAGGCCUCCGUUUCCAUGGCGAUGGGCCAGAUGAACCGACUCAGCACGUUGGCCAGCAUGGCCAACGCGGCGCAGCUCCACCACCAUGCCAGCCACCAGGCCAGCCACCAGGCCAGCUUGCAGGCCCGCCUCCCGGCCUCCGUCAUCAAGGAGCGAGUCCGGGACAGCCCCUCCCCUUCUGCCUCAUUGGACGACGCCCAGGUGUCUUCCAAUCAGGACAGCAGCGUGUCGAGCUCACCGAUACACAUGGACCGCACCGGAGACGCCACACACCUCCACUUUGAUGGACUGUCAGCCAACCUGAGUGUGUUGGGCCACUCCCCCGGUCUGGGCCCCGGGUCCAGAGGUACGGACCUGGCAGCACUAGAGUACAGCUUCAAGGACAGCAAACGGAACCAGGCCGAACGCGACCCGGGUUCCAUGACGAACGUGACAGGCAGGGAGGACAGACAGAGCUACCAGGCCCAGCGGCUGGUGCUGGGGGGCUGUGAGAGGGCCGUGUACCCCAGUGGACAGAAGUUCCAGGCGGGCCUCAACGCUCCCUUCAUCUUCCCGGAAGGACUGUCCUCCAUAGAGACCCUGCUCACCAACAUCCAGCAGGGUCUGCUGAGAGUUGCCAUAGAGAACGCCCGAGCCCAGGAGAAGCAGGACCAGCUGGAGCGGACGGAGCUGAAGAUGGAGCUGGUGCGAGAGCGGGAGCUCAGGGAGACCCUGGAGAGACAGCUCAGCGUGGAGCAGAAGAACCGAGUGCUGAUUCAAAAACGCUUGAAGAAGGAGAAGAGGAGUAAGAGGAGGCUUCAGGAGGCCCUGGAGGAGGAGGUGAAGCUCCGCGACCAGGCCGAGACCAGCCUGAUGCACGCCGGAGACACCCCCACAGAUUUACUGACCCAGGAAGUAGAUGGUAGUAACCAUGACGACAACAGGCUGGACUCCAAUGCAAUGGUACACGGUACAGAUAGCCGAGUGUUCCUGCAUGCUACUGGCAUGUACUGAAGGCCAGACCUGGGUGGAUGGACGGACGGGCGGAUGGAUGUGGGGGCAGACGGAUGGAAGGAUGGAUGCACGGGGAGACGACGGACACGGGCGUGGCUGGAGGGACGGACGGAAGUGUGGAUGGAUGUGUGGGUAGAAGGGUGGACGGAUGGGUGGGUGGGUGGAGGGAGGGACGGCUGGAUACAUGGCUGGCUGGAAGGAGGGCGGACAGAUGUACGCGGGGGUGGACAGAUAGAAGAAGAGGAAGAAAACGGAGAGACACAAGCGCUGGGACAGAGGGAAGAAGGAAGACGCAUCAAUUGUGAGAUGCCAGAGACAUUCCCGGGCCAUGUCACCCGGUGUUUAGCCCCCCCCUCCACCUCCAGCCGUCUGCGUGUCCCCCCCCCCCCCCCCCCCACCCAGGACCCUGCCGUCUGAGCCCAGUGGAGAGAGCUGUGUUAUAAAAUGGUUAUUUGAUCUUUUUCAUAUUGUCCAGUUUAAUUUAUUGCACCUAUCAACAGAUAUCUUGGCUCUAUUUGAAAAGUAUUUCUUUAUUUCAGAAGUGUUUUGACUUGUGCUUUAUUUUUUCUCUUUAAGUUUUCUUUAUAGAUUGUAGAAGAAGAUUUCACCAUAGUUGUUUUUUCUUUUGUUUCUGUCUUCUUGUCAGUGAUGUAUAUCUAAACACAAGUGGAUAUAAAUAUAUAUUCCCCAUUUUUUGACAUCAUCAUCAGAAACACGAUGGCAUGUUGUACAGCCCAUAAACGCCUUGUAAUGUGCUUGGUAUGCAGUAGUGCAGUUUGACAAUACAAUACAAACCCUUUUUAUUAAGAUGUCUGAGUCUUUCUUUAUGCAUUUCACGCGGACAACCUGUUAUUAGGUUUUCAAUGCUUUGUUAAUCAGACUUUGAGAGACUUUGCAUAGACAAGCUUUACCUUCGACGUGUGUGGGGAUUUGAUGUGGGUGUUCGUGUGUCCUAUUGGCAAGGAUAAUAAUUACAUUGUAACUUUCUCUUUUUACAGAUGACAUAUUAUCGUCCUAGCAGUUGUUUUGAAUGACCAGAUUUUUUUUAGGAAUCUGAUGUGUGUGCUAGUGGGUGGGCUUUUUUUUCAUGCGUCUACUUGUUUUUGUGUGUGUGUGUGUGUGUGUGGGCGCAUGGUUUUAAUGUGUGUAUGUCUGUGUGUUUGGUUUUUAUGUGUGGGUGUGUGUACAUUGUGCACUUGUCUAAAUAUGUGUGUGCCUUUGUUAAUUUGUAAGUGUCUAUGCUGGGGAUGCCUAUUUGUGUGUGUGUUAGUGUGCGGGUGUGUGUUGGGGGUGGGUAUGCAUGUGCCUGUGCAUUUGUAAUCAUGUGUGAGAGAAAGGAUUAAGCCAAGCCAUUGAUUCUUGCUCCAUUUCCAAAAACCCACACGUAGGUAUUGACAGACACCAUGAUAAAGGGAGUUUGUUCGCUGUGGCUGAAAUAUGUUGACAGAGCACUAUCUGUUGGUCCGCAACAUUUUAUUUAAUCAUGUCCCCCCAUUGGACGAAAAACGAAGGGCACAUUCUUAGGGUGGAAGUCUUUAAUGGUGACAUUUUGUUGAGCUUCACAGAUGAAGGUGAAAGUAAAAUGGUAAUAAAGGUGAGAUGAAAAACAUGAA